UAACGGAAGUUUUACCGUUUGCUCUGACCAUAACGUCUUUAUUUCUUAUUUUAAGAGCACCAUUCUAAGAGCACCGCUGCCCAUACCGUUUGCUAUGAUUCCUAUCACCUGCUAGAACCCGAAGAAAAGUUCGCAGAAAGCAGAGGAUAGAAGAGUUUGCAGAGACAGAAGAUGGGAAGGGUUCGCUUCAUCUCCAAAUGCACGGUUCAACCAGCGAAUCCCCACGAAUCAAUUCAGAGGAUCGAGUUGAAUCAAUGGGAUCUCCGAUUUCUUCCCGUCCAUUACAUCCAAAAGGGUCUUCUUUAUCUCAAACCCACGUUCCGACCAGGCAAAGAAGAGGAAAACGAAGUGAUCAAUCUGCUUAAAACUUCUCUCUCUCGCACUCUGGAUUUCUUUGUUCCACUGGCUGGCCGCUUGGCAACUACGUCGCACGACGAUGACACCAUGUCUGUCUUCAUCGACUGCAAUGAUGCGGGAGCAGAGUUCAUUCACGCCAGUGCCGACUUCACCGUAGCCGACAUCCUCGACCCACCAUACACACCUCGAGUCGUUUACUCUUUCUUCCCCCUCAACGGAGUGGUCAACUUUGAAGGCAUCACCAAACCUUUGCUCGCCGUGCAGGUGACGGAAUUAACCGACGGCAUAUUCGUAGCAUGCACCGUUAACCACGUGGUUGCCGACGGCACAUCGUUCUGGCAUUUCUUCAAUUCCUGGUCUGAGAUCUGUAGGGGUGCUGAUCGUAUCUCGCGUCCUCCAGUUCUCCAACGUUGGUUUCCUACUGGUACAAAUUGUCCCGUCCGCUUUUCCAUCUCUAACAAGGAAAAGUUCUCGGUGAGAUAUACCCCACCACCACUGGAAGAGAGAGUGUUUCAAUUUACCAAAGAAAAGAUCGCAAGUCUCAAAGCGAAGGCCAAUACUGAAUGCGGGACGGACAGGAUAUCCUCUCUGCAAGCAAUAUUGGCUCAUAUUUGGCGAUCUGUGGCCCGUGCCCGAGGCCUCGACUCCGACCAAGAGAUCUGUUAUUGGUUGAUUAUAGGUAAACGGUCUAGGUUGAAACCGCCCUUGCCUGAUGAACACUUUGGUUGCUUUGUGGAGGGAGGGACGGCAACGGCAAAGGUAGGGGAGCUGCUAGAUCGAGGUCUGGGGUGGGCGGCCUGGCUGUUGAACCAGGUCGUUGCGUCGCACAAUGAUCCAACAGCAGAGAAGAGUUUGGUAGAAUCUCAGACGAAGCAGCCUAAGUUUGUUUCCAUGGAUAGUAUAGUAUAUAAUAAUCUUUUAUUGACGGGGAGCUCGCCGAGGUUCAAUGUGUAUGGUAAUGAUCUAGGGUGGGGAAGGCCUCUGGCGGUGCGCAGUGGCUGUGGAAACAAGUUUGAUGGGAAGAUUACGGUUUUUCAAGGGAGGAGUGAAGGGAGCGUCGAUGUUGAAGCCUGCCUUUCGCCCCAGACGUUGAUGGUGCUGGGAGAUGACGCGGAGUUCAUGGACGCCGUCACCGUGUUCCCAACUUUUGCCGGCAUUAAUUAAGUAUUCCACAGCUUUCAGCUGGGCUCUGAUGGGAAUGGAAACUUGCACCACUUGGUCAUUGGUUAUCCGUUUGAUUGUACUUUUCCAAAAAGAAAAAAAAAUCACGUGCAAUUGAUCGAUGUGGCAUAUAUUAAUAAUUUGAUUUGUUGGCUUUUGCGAUAGUUGGAAUAAGUUGUCAUCCAGUAUUCCGGUUUGAAAUUCUUAAUAUAAACUUGAUUGGAGAUUUUUAGUCGGA